CUGCCGCCAUUUCCGGUCCGUCUCCAUAGUAACCGGGCCUAAUGGUUAGGCUCCGUUCGGAAGAUGCGGCCGGAGAUGAUUGCCGUUAAACUGGCCGAGCAGCCGCGGGCCCCGAAAUUGCUGUUGCCGCUGCCCGAGGGCCUGCAGCAGGGCCCCGGUGGUGGAGUCCGGAUCUCCGCCUUGAAAGAGCUCAUCGUCGAGAAGUUGCCCGGAGCCGCGGCCGCCCCGGAGCUGAUGGAGCUGGUGUAUUGUGGACGGAAACUGAAAGAUGAGCAGACGCUGGAUUUCUAUGGAAUUCAAGCUGGAUCCACAAUCCAUGUCCUGAAGAAGUCCUGGCCGGAACCAGAGCAGAAACCUGAGCCUGUGGAGCAGUCAGCCGCAGCCCGGGAAUUCCGUGUUCUCCAGGCAGCACUGCAUGCCAGUCCUGCGUACAGGGAGGCAGUUUUCAAGAUGUUGGCAAACAAGGAGUCACUGGACCAGAUCAUUGUUGCUACACCUGGGCUCAGCAACGAUCCCAUUGCUUUAGGUGUUUUGCAAGACAAAGAUUUGUUUGUGCUCUUCACUGACCCAAACCUAUUGGACACGUUGAUUUCUUCACACCCUGCAUUAGUUAAUGCAAUGGUGUUGGUCCUACACUCUGUAACUGGAGAGGCCCCUUCGCCAACUGCUGCUGGUAACUCGAGGAGUAUUCCAUCCAGCUCUUACAGUGAGGUUCCAGGUGGGUUCCUCUUUGACGGGCUUUCCGACGAUGAAGAUGAGUUUCAUCAGUUGUCUUCACAGGCCCGGGCCACUGCUUCCUCCAGCAACCCCUCUAGCUCCCGUCCAGCCACAUUGGGCUACAGUGGCUCAGUUGGACCUCGACCUAUCACACAGAGUGAGUUGGCGACUGCGCUGGCAUUGGCCAGUACCCCAGAAAGUAGUGCUGCCACUCCGACCACAGGAACACAGGGCACAGCAUCAGGUCUGUCUCCAGUGAUGAAUUCAGUGCCGUCAGCCACCCCGAUCAGCCACGAUAUAUUCAGCCAGGCACUGCAGCAAGCUCUGCAAGCUUCGAACAUCUCAGCACUUCAGAGUCAGUGGCAGCCGCAGCUCCAGCAGCUCAGGGACAUGGGGAUCCAAGACAGCGAGCUGAGUCUGCGGGCUCUGCAGGCCACCGGAGGGGACAUUCAAGCCGCCCUGGAACUCAUAUUUGCUGGAGGAGCCCUUUAGCUUUACUGGCCAGUACCUGAGGUGCUCCUGCCCGACAGAAGAGGCAGGAGAGUGUGUGUAGUGCAUGCCAGAACGUGUAACUCUAUAGAAUCAAUUGUUUUAGCAGGAAGCUUUCAUUUGUGAGGAGAGCACUGGCUGUGGUAAGUACUUGGCUGCUACAGGUCGCUAGGAUCUUUCUGUCUGCAGUAAGAAGUGAGUCACCCAGUUUGUUUGUUUUUAAAGAUAUGCCCAUUUCAACAAAACCUUGUGACUGGCAUUUGUUCUGUUAAACUGUGGUGGAGGAGAUAUGCUCCUGCCACAGGGCGUACUUUGUAUUUUAAGGCUAAUUUCUGUCUCAGAAGGUGGGGUGAACUCCCUAAAGCUGGCUUCUUGUCACUUUUUGUGUUACUGCCUCAUGUUAAUGCCGCAUGUGAUAAAUACUGAAAUAUAAAGUCAUCUGUCACUUUCCCUAGUUUUUGAGUACAAGUCCAUCAGUUUGGUUUUCCAACCCUUCUAUCAAUGUGAGUACAUUUAAAUCCCAUGCCGCUGCUCUGUCCCAAAAAGUAAGUUGUAAUGCUUGGAACUUGUCUUGCCUCACCACUGGCCAUUCCUGAAGCCCGGAACCUUAUUCUAAAGUUCCUCCUUAAAUUGCAUCAAUUUAAAAAUGCAAUUGGAGUAGUUCUUCCUGGAGUGUUUACAUUUCUGACCUCUUCCAUUUUGCAUGACUUGUGUAUGCUGAUGAAGGCUUGGGUCUCCAGUGCCAUUCAAUUUUGGGUUGGGGGAUGUUGCUACAAACAGUUUUACCAUUCAAUCUACUUUGGAUGACUUGCAUGGUUUAAGAGAAUUUCCAUGACAAUUGCCUUAUUUUUAACCUGACAAUAAGAGCUUCUAGUACUAUGGUGCACACCAGCUCACCUGCCUUCGUAAAGUUAUCUGCUAUCCAGUAGUGGCUUCUUUGUGUGGACUGGAUUUACAUUACACAGUGGUGGUCUCUAUUUGCCCCAAGCUUUCAGCAUGGGACACAAAUGUCACCUUGCCAACCUCAACAACUGGUCAGUUUCUGAAUGACUGCUUAAGAUUACUUUAGACUGUUUUAAAUUAUUGUGUGAUGUUACUUUACAAAUAUGUUGACCAUUAAACUUUACUUUAACACUUU